AUAGCGGGGUUUCUGACAGCACGGGAAGGCAGCACAAGUCCAUCCUCCCCAUCAGCAGUCUGGUCAACAACAUUUCUCCUCAGGGCUCAGCAGCAAACUUCAGCGACUCUCAGCUCCUCAGAAGAACCGACAUGGAUGCCCUCAAGUCGGCUGGGAGAGCUAUUAUCCGGAGCCCGAGCAUGGCGAAACAGUCGUGGACCGCCGGCAGACACAGAAAGCUUCCGGAGAACUGGACGGACACAAGAGAGACCAUCUUAGAGGGCAUGACGUUCAACCUCCGUCACCUCGGCAUGACACUGGUGGACCAGCCCAAGGGAGAGGAGCUGUCGGCUGCUGCAGUGAAGAGGAUUGUUGCCACGGCUAAAGCCAGUGGGAAGAAGCCUCAGAAGGUUGCUCUCAAGGUUUCCCCUCAAGGGAUCGUCCUGCACGACAGCUUGACCAAUAAACUCCUGGAAAACAUCUCCAUAUACAGAAUAUCCUACUGCACGGUGGACAAACUGCACGAUAAAGUGUUUGCUUAUAUUGCACAAAACACCCUCAGUGGGACCCUGGAGUGCCACGCCUACCUCUGCUCCAAGAGGAAAGUGGCUCAGGCGGUGGCUCUGACAGUAGCCCAGGCUUUCACAGUAGCGUUUGAACUCUGGCAAGUAGCCAAAGAAGAGAAAGGGAAAAGAGCAAAGUCUGGGUCAGCUGGAGAAGGCAGCAGUAGCUCCAAUUCAGAGAGGUCCAACAGCUUGGGGAGCCUGAAAGGGACAGAUGUUGCCACAGACAACCUAUUGGACUUUGACGACAGUGUGAACGUGGUUGUGGAGACCAAUGGGAAUGUAGGGGAGGAUCAGCUGGAUAAUCACAGGCUGUCUGAGACCAAUAAUAAUGCUGCCUGGGAAAUCGAAGAUGGUUUGGAUGAAGCCUUCUCCAGCCUGGCAGUGUCGCGUACUAACCCCCAGGUCCUGGACAUUGGGGUGACGCCCCAGGACUGGCUCACUGAACCCGACUGGGACAGCACCAAUGGAAACACUCCCAGCGGUCUCAGCCCGUUCGGGGACGACAUCUUCGGCUUCUGACCACCUCAAACGAACGCAGCAGAGAGAGACGACGACGACAACAACAGAGGGGAGGAGGGCCGUCUUUACGUCUUCCUGUGAACUAACAAGGCAUCACUGUGUACUUAAGACAAGGCGACAGGAAGUCCAUAAGGGAACAACUGUAGGACUGUGAAAAAAAUGUUUGGCCUCUCUUCACCUUGUUGUUGCACUCUUCACACGGACAGUUCUUCCCUCCUUCGUGGAAACACACCAAAGCAAUAAUAUCCUUUUAUUACACUGCAGACGUCAGUAUAAACUUGUGUUCACCACGUCAUCUUAUGUCAGUAUUUCUUGUUCUUGCUUCUAUUUUUCUGUUUCAGUAGUUUUCACACCAUAAUCAGUGUUUUGUAUAUGUGCUUAGUUAUAAUUUAUAGGUGUAUAAUUAUUUUUUUAUGUGUGAAUGCAAGAGUAGGGUUUAAUUCAGACCGAUGUGCAGACUGUCUCAACAGGCCUUAAUAACAGCAGGACAAUCAGACACACUUAAAGUUUAAUACAGUUUCAGUGGGUGUGAGAUUUGUCCCUCCACCACUCUGGAAAUCAACAGAAAAUAGUUUUAUGUCUAAAAAAAAAAUCAACUAGUGCUGUAUUUAUAUGAGCUCUUUGUAGCAGUGGCUCACUGCAGUGUAUCAGUGUUCUUUUGACAGAAGCCGUGAUGUGUUCAAGGUCAUCAGAUGCCUUUUAUGGCCGUUUCAUGUACACUGUAAUCCACCAGCAUUAUACAGAAUUAAAUAUAUUCAUGAGUAAAAACA